CUUAGUAGUCCUCCGCCUCCCGCUCAAUUCCAAGAAAGAGUCAGCUUCGAUACCUUCGACAACAAGGAAGCAAGCGAUUUCAGCUUGACGCUGAAUCGCAAACACAAAGAUUACGAGUACACGAAGCGCUCACGGACGUUUCUCUGCGGAACAGAUACGAAUGAGUACUCUGACACUGCCCUCGAGUGGCUGAUAGAUGAACUAGUCGAUGACGGCGACGAAAUCGUCUGUUUACGAGUCGUGGAGAAGGACAGCAAAGAAGCCUUAAAAUGGAGUGGUGGGCAAGGUCAGAGAGGGUAUCGUCGCGAAGCAACACGUUUCUUGGAGGAGAUUGAAAAGAAGAAUACUGAAGAUCGUGCGAUAUCCCUUGUUCUCGAGUUCAGUAUUGGGAAAGUUCACGACACGAUUCAACAGAUGAUUCGAAUCUAUGAGCCUGCUAUGCUUGUCGUUGGAACACGAGGCCGCAGCUUAACGGGCUAUCAAGGACUUCUGUCUUCUGGAAGUGUAUCCAAAUACUGCUUGCAAUACUCACCUGUGCCGGUGAUUGUCGUUCGACCGAGUAGCAAACGGGAAGCGAAGAAGCGGAAACGACUUGCAGAUCCUUCGAGGGGAGGAUACAGGGAUAUUCUGGACAAGAGU